AUGGCCUCUUUGAAGCAGGUAAAACUAUGUUUUGUGACGGUUGGGGCCACAGCUCCAUUCAACGCUCUUGUAUCAGAGGUUCUUGGGGAGCCGUUCCUAGACGCGCUCAAGGCCAACAACUACACGGAUCUUCGAAUCCAAUACGGCCAAAUGGGACAAGCCCUGUUCCAGGAAUUUGAACAGAAGAAUGAACCUAUGGUUAAGGAGAAAUAUGGACUGAAUGUCACAGGGUUCGACUUUAACCUGGCUGGCCUCAAGGGGGAAAUGCUCGCAGUUAAAGCCGAUUCUGACGCAAACAAGGUCGAUGGCUUGGUCGUCAGCCAUGCUGGUUCAGGCACAAUUCUUGAAGUUCUUCGCGUGGGUUUACCUCUUAUUGUGGUCCCAAACCCUCAACUACUGCACAAUCACCAAGACGAAUUAGCAAAACAGCUAGCAGUCAAUGGAUACGUAAUCCAUGGCAAGCUUGGCCUGGCGGAGUCCAUGGUGGAAUCUGAAACUUUUCGGCAGCGCAUGCAUGAAUGGCCUCCCAAGCAUCAAUCAAGAGCAUGCCGGCAAGGGGCCUCGUCGGAGUGA